UUUGUCCAAUCAUCAACCUCUUUCAGUCUUUCAGAAAAGAAAAUGUCAACCGGAUUCCUGUAAAAUAAUUUUCUUCUGUCCGUACUACCCCUAACCGUUCGAUAUAUAAAUGCAACUUUGCAAGUCACAAAAGCAUAUUUCAGCUUUGCUUACAUAUUAAGAGGAAAGAGCAAGCGACAUACUCAAAAGAGAUUAAUUAAGCGGUCGAAUAUUAUUAAGGUUAUGGCAGAGGAGUAUCAGGGCGGGAUUUGCGGUGGCAACUGGUGGAGCAGUGCAUCGAGACAUGCGCUCGUGGCGACGUCGCCGUGUUCUGUAGGUUUCAAUGAUCAUAUGGGAAGCUUUGGCUGCCCGAACGACGUGGACAUGAUCAAGUCAAGGUCUACUUGCGGCGGUUUUGGUCUUAAUUCAUCGUCUUCCACACUGCCCUCAGAUUUGAACCAAGCGUUGCUCCUUCGCGGUAGUAGUGGAAGAGGUGAGAGCAAUUUUCAUAAUUCCAUGCUCCAAGAAGACAUGGGUUCUUUCAAGCAGCCUAUGAAUAAUCAAGAUUUUCCAUUAGACCAAAGCAGCUCCUCCUCUGGGUUUCCUAUAACCUCAUCGCCAGCUAAUAAUUCUUACGGUGGGGGCUUCCCUUCACAAUUGUUGCAAAGUUUGUAUGAUCCGGAAGAAGUAGUUGUACCCCAACCACAGCUACAAUCACUAUUCAACAACGGCUCGUCAUCCAUGAGUUAUUCUUCAGCUGAAAGUUAUGGCACACUUGGUUCCAAUGAUUUAUUAUCAUCACCAACUUCUAGUACUACCUGUUGGCCUAGAUACUCUCCCAGCUGCCUAAGACCUUCCCUGCAGCCAAGGCAACAACAACAACAACAACAACCCAGAGGCGGCAGUGGCAGUGGCGGUGGCGGUGGAUUGCACUUUUCGAAUAUUAAUACACCCUUCUGGAAUGCUCCCGCGGCCGCUUUAAACCAUGACAUCCGAUCAACUGGUCUUUUUCCCUCAUUGUCACAGUCACAAUAUACAGCACCUACUGCAGCAAUAUAUGAUGAACAUAAACCCAUUACUUCCGGUAACUUCACUAAGCCCACUACUACUGAAGAUGUUCAGGACUCGAGCUCCAGUACAGUCAAGAAGAGCGGCAGCAGCUUCUGUAGUAGUACUGAACCCGUAUUCAAAAGAGCUCGGAUUGAAACACCUUCACCAUUACCGACUUUUAAGGUUCGGAAAGAGAAGCUAGGGGACCGGAUCACAGCUCUCCAGCAAUUGGUUUCGCCUUUCGGAAAGACCGAUACAGCUUCUGUCCUCCACGAAGCUAUUGAGUACAUCAAAUUCCUCCACGAUCAAGUCGGUGUUUUAAGCACUCCAUAUAUGAAAAAUGGAGCUCCCAUGCAACACCAACAGGGUUGUGAUAAAUUGAAGGAGGCAGAACAAGAAGGAAAGCACGAUCUAAAAAGUCGAGGGUUGUGCUUGGUUCCAAUUUCAAGUACAUUCCCUGUUGCUAAUGAGACCACGGCUGACUUUUGGACUCCGACAUUUGGAGCAACGUCUUUCAGGUGAUCGAUAACACGAAGAGGCCAUAGGAGCCAACUGAGGAACCCAUUUAAUUUUUCUACUAGGGAAUUACUGUGUUGUAAGCAAUUAAGACCAGAGACCCAAUAUUAAUGAUUAAUGAGCUGAGAGUACUUAGCUAGUUAGAUCAGGUGGGGGUUUGGAACAGGAACAGGUGCUAAAUUUAGCGGAAGGUGUUGACAUUAGUUUAAUUAGUAGUUGUUAAUUUUUGUUAACAAUAGCUGAAUUUAGCAGAUGGGGUUCGAUAAACUGCCCUUUUUGUUCCUGUUCAUGUAUUAAGUUGUCAGCUAGGGCUGGCAGCACCACCUUUUAAUUAUUAUCUCAGAGAAAAAAGAAAAGAAAAAGAAGAUGAAAUAAAUUAAGAGAUUAUUGUGGAUCUA